GCGAGUGCGAAAAAUUUUAACUUCUUCGAAUGGCGUCAUCUAUUGUAGGUUCCUCGUGGCGAUCUGAAGUUUUGCUGUAAAGUGUGUAGGUUUGUGUAUAUCUUAUAAAAUUUGUUAUUUAGAGCCACAACAUGUUGAUGCCAAAGAGUCAUCGCAUUGCUAUCUAUGAAUAUCUAUUUAAAGAAGGUGUACUUGUGGCCAAAAAGGAUUUUAAUGCACCCAAGCAUCCAGAAUUAGAAAAUGUUCCAAAUCUGCAUGUUAUUAAAGCUUUGCAGUCAUUAAAAUCUAAAGGCUUAGUUAAAGAACAAUUUGCAUGGCGUCAUUAUUAUUGGUAUUUAACUAAUGAAGGCAUUCAGUAUCUUCGUACUGUUCUGAACUUACCUCCUGAAAUUGUACCAUCAACUCUCAAAAGGCAAGUACGCUCGGAAACUACAAGGCAAAGGCCAAGAGCUCCUGAUGCUGCACCAAAAGCAGCUAGUGAUAGAGAAGGAUACAGAUGGGCUCCAGGUGGUCCCUGAUAAGAGAGGUGAUGUUGGUCUCGGCACAGAUACAAAAUUGGAAUUCAAAGGAGGAUUUGGCCGUGGCCGUCAACCACCUCAGUAAUAUGUAUUGGAUCAUCUAAAAAAAUAAAAUUUUCAUUAAAAAUUGUGUA